CAAACUUGUAUGCAUAUACAUAUAUCUACAUACAUACAGUUAUUCAUUUCUAUGCUGGUGCAUUUUUUUGCACGUUGUUGAUUUUUUUCAAUACGUUAUACAUGAAAGUCUUCAGAAUUCCAAUAUCUGUGUAAGACGAGGAUGUGGAUCUGCUAAAAGAAAAAACGUCCCUUCAUCAAGUUGUUUGGUCUAAACGCUGGAGAAUGUUGUAGUUGCUCACUAUGGUAUAUAGUGGGCAGUUAAGCCACAAGCAAACAUUACAGCUUCACCGAAAGGAUAGGCGUGAAUAGUCAUUAGUUUCACGGAAAGGGAGGAAAUUACUCUUUUCCUGAUUGUCAAGUAGUUAAAUCCAGUCUUUCCAGAGCAGAUUUUUUAUCGGUGAGCUGUUAAUUCAAACAAUGAGGACGAAGGAACAGUGAAUAGUUAAAACUGAAACAAACUGAACUGUAAACAUCUGAAUCCUCAAAAACUUUAUUAGGAGGAAGGCAGUAGCCAAGUGAAGCAGCUGGAAUCACACUGAAGUCACUCUGAACUCUACAGAUCACUUCAUUCUUCCUUCUGCUACAGAGAGCACAUCCCUGACUUAGUGUGCUUUCUUCUGAAGAGCUGAAGAAGCACCUAAUGCCAUGAAUCCUGUUACAGAAGUGCUUUGUAUAUGUGGAAGAAAGCAGCUGUGCAACAUGACAUUUGAAGAUUUUGAGAACUACUCUUACUUCUAUGACCUGUCUGAGGAAGAAGAAUCACCUCAGUCCACCCUCAGCAUUGCCCAUAUGAUUUCCCUUUCAUUUUACAGUGUGGCAUUUCUUCUGGGAGUCCCAGGAAAUGCCAUUGUCAUCUGGUUUAUGGGCUUCAAGUGGGAUAAAUCUGUCUCUACACUCUGGUUCCUCAAUCUGGCCAUUGCAGAUUUCAUUUUUGUUCUCUUUCUGCCCCUUUAUAUCACAUACGUGGCAAUGGGCUUCCACUGGCCUUUUGGGAAAUGGCUCUGUAAAAUGAACUCGUUCAUCGCACUACUGAAUAUGUUCGCCAGUGUUUUCUUCCUGACAUUCAUCAGCCUCGACCGCUACAUCCGCCUUGUCCACCCAGUUUUUUCCUACAAGUACCGGACUAUAAAGAAUACCCUCAUUCUUAGUGGGAUCAUUUGGAUGUCAGCUGCAAUUAUUGGUGGCCCUGCCCUAUACUUUAGAGACACGGCUACUGUUCUCAACAAUGUCACCAUUUGCUACAACAACUUCCAUAUGCAUGACAGAGAACUCAUUUUGCUGAGACAUCACAUUCUGAUUUGGGUGAGGCUUGCAUUUGGUUACCUCUUUCCUCUACUGACCAUGGUCAUUUGCUACACCUUGCUGAUUGUUAAAGUAAAGAGGAGAACUGUGUUGACUUCUAGCAGGCUCUUCUGGACCAUCGUUGCUGUAGUUGUAGCUUUUUUUCUUUGCUGGACACCGUAUCACAUAUUCAGCAUUGUGGAGCUCUCUGCUCACCAUGACGAAAAUUUGCACGACUUAUUGCAGGAUGGCAUUCCCCUCUCCACGGGCCUUGCUUUCAUCAACAGUUGUCUCAAUCCAAUCCUCUAUGUUCUCAUUAGCAAGAAAUUCCAGGCCCAGGUCAAGACGACAGUCUCUGAGGUGCUAAAAUUGGCACUGUGGGAGGUGAGCCGCUCAGGAACCAUCAGUGAGCAGCUGUGGGACUCAGACAACACUCAUGUGCCUGUGCACUGCUGCGAAACUGCUCAGUGACUGUUCAUCACCAUCCAUCUAUAAAAUAGCUGACAGAUUUGGAGGUGUUGCUAACUUCACAUCUGCCAAUGAGAUGUGCAUCUUAGCAUAUACAGUUUUAUAUAAACAGCUGGCUUAACUGUGCUUGCUACUUUCCUUUAAAUUUUUUAAAGGACGCAUCAUUUGGGUGUGGUGCAGUUGCAGUGUGGACAGCCUGAAUAGAAAGUUGUCUGGGUUUUCUAUCAGGAAUGUUGUUGUAAUCCUGUUGCUGACGAUACUUCACUGAUCUCAAAAGAGCACAUAACAUUCCUCUGAUCGCUACUGAUAACACUUUUGAUCUAGGCAUCCUCAUCUGAGAGAUCAUGAUCAGACAUCAGUGGUUUGUGAGUAUGCAAAUAUUUCACUACUGUUUAAAGUAGGAGUCACCUAGCUAUAUCCCAGCCAAACCAGGCAAUCACUAGCUUCACUCUGCAAUCAGAGAAGUAACUCAAUACAGAGAAUACUGAAUUGCUGCCUUUUCCUUCAAAAGAAGCAUGGAAAUAAAAUGUUUUCUCCCAUUGCUUUGUCUUAUACUCAGCUGAGCCAGGGUGCUGUAGUUUCUUGUCACUUACUUUUGUGCUCUUAAUGCCAGCUGGUUGUAAAAUACUAAGCAGGUGUUUCAGAAAGUAUUUUGGCUCACUUAAAAUGUGCAAAGAAUUAGUGGAAAUAUUUCCUACUGAACCUGAGACUAAAGGCCCUUGUUCUUUUUCUGUGUUUAAACUUUCAGGUUUUAGAGAGCUUACAAUUAUUCUUUCAUAAGCAUGUAGCCAAAUUCAGACUUCUCUACCAAGCUGCAGUUGAGAUCGUACAUCCAAGAUAUGAAGUUCACUUGCGUAAGAAAGAGGCAGUAGACCCAGUUGUCCUAUUUUCUGCUCCAACUUGUUGCCUGCUGUAGAAUCACACAUGCACCAAUGCAAAUAUACAUGCUAAGUAGAGUGGGCCAAUUUCUGAGGAAGUACCGCUUAAGAAGUUGUAUGCGGGAUAAAACUCUGCAAACAAUAAAAACAUAAAGCUUUAGGUAAAUCUGAACUAGCUCUGUAUUGUUACUGGCCUCCAUAUCUAGAGUAAAACUGGCUUUCAGAUAACAUACAUUCUAACACCUAAGUUGCAUUUAUACUGUAAAUGAGGCCUUAUACAUAAAACUAUAUAUAUGCAUCUGUAUGUAUGCACAAGCACAUCCAGUACGGAUAGCUGUAUAAAUAGCAACUGUCUGAUUGUGGUCUGUAGCUGUUUCUUUGGGCUCUGGUCUCAGAGUCUGAGAGUGAGACAGUCCAUGGAAUUUCAGUGUAUUUAACUUUGGGCUGGAAAGCUGGUAAGCAGCAUUCUUUCCUUUGAGUCAUUCACUGCCUGGUACACAGUGACUCAUCUGUAAUAUUUUGGCACAAUGCAGCUGAAUGUGCCAAAAUCAACUGUUUUCAGUUUUUCUCCACAUAUUCCUUGACAUCUUUCUAAGAAUGAUGUGUUUUAGUGCUCAUUUCCUGACUGUACUCCAAGUGGAGUAAUAAAAUUUGGUUGGCUCCAAA